AUGGGAGCAAAAAUUAGCAGUGAAACAUUGAUUGGAGAAAAUGCAUACCUACGACGUUUCGUUGGUUUGCAACCGAUCAGUGAUAAUGAUCCAUUCUGGAAUCACUUCCUUUCCUUCAACUUCCUUAUCGAUUUCAAUGACAGGAAAGAAGUCGAACAAUUUGAUGUUUCUUUAUCGGAUAGUCUGCAGUCGCUGAUGUAUAACACGCCAACAACUUGUAAUUUCGCAUCAUUUAUUCAUGUCUUCCUCAGACGGACAGCAGAGCUAAAAGCUUCAGAAAUUUGCAACAACACAAUUUUUCUUUGGCAAACAGGAAAUGCGUUAAUCAUUCUUCGGUAUAUUUGCAAGUUUUUGGUUCAAAGACUUAAUGAGGCUGAAUUCAUCAAGGUUUUCCACAUGAAUAAAAGCUAUUUGGAGAAAAAGGAAGCAUAUGAUUCCGAUAUUGAUGAAGAAUUUGAUGGUUUUUGUAAGAACAAAGCGGAAGAAUUUUUGGACAGUCUGGUGGAUAUUUUGAUUGAUUUGCCUUCCAAUGAUUCCACGGAAACGAUCCACAUCGAAGCUGUAAAAUGCCUAAUAGCUUUGCUUAGUUCUCAGCUUUAUGACGACGAUGUCAUUAAGUCAAAUAUUUUCUACGGAUAUCUAAUGCAAGGCAGAUGCUCGACAAAGUCUCUGGAGCUCACUCGAGCCUUAAUAUCAAAUUAUCUGCAGCGAAACACUCCACGUGUUAUCAAACAUGAAAAAGAACCGGAAAGUAUUGUUCUGGGCCUUGCCGCAUUCGUUUGGUCAGCAGUGCAAAUUGUCACGGGCAUGGAUGAUUCGAAUUCAAGUAGCUCUGACAGGGAAGCUACCCCUCCAGUCUCUCUUGGAUCGUUGUCUGUGCUUCUCCUACUUAAUUUAGCAUGCCAUCAAGAUCCAGGAGCAAAGCUGAAUCCUUAUAAGGAGUCGCUUUCGAAAUUCCAAAAUUCUCAAGAAGUUUCAUCGCUGAACAAUAGUGAAGCUAGUAUAUUCAAGCUAGAUUAUAGUUUCUUAUACGAACGUUUAUGUGCUACAGUAAAUCAGGAAUCGCCUAUGUUAUUUCUGUAUAUAUUGUUGCAUAGGAACGUACUUCCAGUACUGAUUGUUCUUAAUAAUGGAGCGCAAAGCAGUGGUAUGAUUAAUUCAUAUAAUGCACAUCAUGUAUAUUUAGCACUUAUUGUUAUCCUGAUUCUUAGCGAAGACGAUUUUUUCUGUAAAGUUGCGCAUGAAACGAUGAUAAAGGAUACAACAUGGUUCAACAGUGAACGUCCGUUAGGAGAGAUUUCACUGGGUGGUUUAAUUAUCUUGGUUUUUGUCCGCAUUAUACAACUCAACACUCUGAAAACAAAGGAUCGUUACCUGCAUACAAAUUGUCUUGCAGCUUUAGCUAAUAUGUCAUCAUAUUUUAAAAAUCUGACAUCCAUUGUUUGUCAAAAACUGAUCGGAUUACUUGAGGUUUUUACUCGGCGGCAUGCAAAACUAAUUGAAAAUAUGCGCGUCAGAGCUGAAUAUGAUAUUAUGCAAGAAAAAGAGUCGCAUAAUUAUCAUAAAGAUAUAACGGCUUUGGAGGAAGGUAUACGCACUUUACUCGAAAUUUGCAACAGUUGCCUUACUUCAAAUCUUCGCUCAAACCCACACUUUAUUUAUACUAUACUUUAUAAACGUGAUCUGUUUGAUGCUUUCCAAAAUCAUCCAAUGUUCCAAGAUCUGAUUUGGAAUAUUUGUGCGGUUAUUAAUCAUUUUGCAUCACGAGUACAACUUCUGGAAAGAGGAUCGUCAGUCAGCGCUGUUCUUGCUACAAUCGAGAAAGGAGCUCUCCACUGGCCUACUGAUAGGCUGAAGAAGUUUCCAGAGUUGAAAUUUAAAUAUGUGGAAGAUGAAAAUACAGUGGAAUUUUUUGUUCCAUACGUUUGGCGAUUGACAUUCCAAUUUUCAACGUUAUACUGGGAUGCAACACGUAUACGCCUUUUUAAUACUUCUUUUCUUGCUUAA